AUGAACGGCCUCUCUAUUUCUCCAUUCAUAGCCGACCUCCCAAAAGUGGAGCUUCAUGUACACAUCGAAGGUACCUUGACGCCCACUUUGCGAUGGGAGUUGGCUCACCGAAACAAUGUCUCACUGCCAUAUUCCACAUUUGACGAGCUGAAAGCUUCGUACGCCGUAACAUUGAACCACCGGCCCGAGCUCAAUGGGCGACAACCUGGCAUCCCGACAUUUCUAGAAGCCUAUUUUGCAGGCUGUGAGGUCCUGCGCACCGAAGAUGACUUCUACGACCUAGCUAUGGCAUAUCUCCGUCGCUGCACGGAGAUGAAUGUACGCUAUACCGAGCCGUUCUUCGAUAUACAAGCGCACACCCGUCGCGGCGUACCGGCCCCAUCGGUCUUGAAUGGCUAUCUACGAGCCCAACAUGACGCGAAAGAGCAAUUCAAUGUUCGAUCGCGCUGGGUUCUGUGUUUUCUACGUGACGAGCCGGUUGAGGAUGGACUCGCUGCAUACAGAGAAGCGAGGCCGUGGGCUGCUGGGAUUGUCGAGGGCGGGAAGGGGCUCUUUCAUGCUGUGGGGCUCGCAAGCAAUGCAUACGAAAGACCACCGAUGCUUUUCGAAGAGGGAUUCAAUUUAGCCCGUGCAGAUGGUCUACAUAUCACGAUGCACUGCGACUUCGGACAGAAGGAUACGUAUGCCCACUUGAACGAGGCAAUAUUCCGAGUGUGCGAAGGUCGGGGAUCGGAGCGCAUUGAUCAUGGGCUAGAUGCGGAGGACCGGGAGGAACUGUGGCAAGGGCUACGGGAUAGGAAUAUAGGUUUGACGUUGUGUCCCCAUGCCUAUCAUCGGAGAACGGCGACCGAAGUGUUGUUUCCCAAGAUUCGUCGAUUGUGGGAAAAUGGGGUGAAAAUUUGCAUUAAUAGUGACGACCCAACGCUGAUGCAUGACGUUUGGAUUGAUGGUAAUAUGCAGAAGGUGUAUACAUAUGGGGGUUUUAGUAAGGUCGACAUGGUGCGGCUUGCGAGGAAUGCGGUUGAUAUGUCGUGGGCGGUGGACGAUGUCAAGAGAUCUAUUUACGAUGAGCUUGAGAGGGUUGACGUUAGCUAA